AUGAAGGGCAUUCUGGUGGCUUCAGCCCUUUUGGCAUCAUGCGUCUCCGGACAUAUGCAGAUGUCGAAGCCGUAUCCCAUUCGGAGCCCGCUGAACCCGGACUCGGAUCAAAAGGAUUACUCCUACACCAACCCCCUGUCAACAGAUGGAUCUGAUUACCCGUGCAAGGGAUAUGCCAACGAUCCCUUUGAAUCUGUCGCUGACUAUACGCCCGGCCAAACAUACGAGCUUGAACUGCAGGGCAGCGCGACUCACGGCGGAGGGUCCUGCCAGAUUUCUCUCUCUUAUGACAAGGGAAAGACCUUCAAAGUCAUCCAUUCAAUGCUCGGAGGAUGCCCUCUCACCUCCAAGUAUAACUUCCAAAUUCCCUCGGACGCCCCGUCUGGGGAGGCCCUCCUGGCCUGGUCAUGGUUCAACAAGAUCGGAAACCGCGAGAUGUACAUGAACUGUGCUAUGGUCACCGUCAAGGGUGGUUCUCAGGCACGUCAGCACGCCCGCGACCUGUCUCCUGCCUUCUCCCGCCGGGAUGGCGGCUUUGACAGCCUUCCACCCUUGUUCGAGGCUAACAUCAACGGACCCGGCAAGUGCAAGACAGUGGAGGGCCAGGAAGUCAACUUUCCUCUCCCCGGACCUUCCGUCGAGGGCUCCUUGAGUGGAAAGGGAUUCCAGUGCGAGGACGCUGCCCCUUUCCUGGGCAGCGAUGACUCGAGCAGCAAGAGUGUCAAGGCCUCCUCGUCCGGUCAAGCCGUUGCCUCGACUGCUACACCUUCAAGUUCCCAAUCUACGGCCACAUCUUCAAGUUCCACCUCUGUGGCCAAACCGUCAACCACUUCUUCAAGUUCCCAAGCUACGGCCACAUCUUCGAGUUCCACCUCUGUGGCCAAACCGUCAAGUUCGCAAUCUCCGGCCACGUCUUCGAGUACCCAAUCUCCAGCCACAUCUUCAAGUUCCCAAGGUACGGCCACAUCUUCAAGUUUCCACACUGUGGGUUUCCACUCUGUGGCCAAACCGGCAAGUUCGCAAUCUCCGGCGACACCGUCAAGUUCUCACUCCGUGGCCACACCCUCGGCGAGACCCCCUCGAUUCCACGCUCCCCUUCGCGAAAGACCAAAGCCUUCACAGUCCUCCAGUGCGGAGUCCGUGUACAACUCUCCGCCCAAGUCUCACUCCACCCCAGAGGCUGGUUACAUAUCUGAGUCUCCGUCCAGCCUAGAGUCUGGGUACAUACCUGAGAGUCAAUCUAGCCCGGAGUUUGAGUACAACCCGCAGCCUGCAUCCCAAUCUAACCCACUGUCUGGAUAUACGCCUCAGUCUGCGUCCAACUCGGGAUAUAAGCCUGAGAGUCAAUCCUCUCCGGAGUUUGGAUACAACCCUCAGCCCGCAUCUCAAGCCACUCCAAAGUCAGGGUAUAAGCCUCAGUCCUCGUCUCAAUCCAUCCCAGUGUCUGGGUAUGGGCCUAAGAGUCAAUCUUCUCCGGAGUUUGGUUACAACCCUCAGUCUGCAUCCCAAGGCAUCCCACAGUCAGGGUAUCAGCCUGCUAUUCAGUCGAACCCAGAGCUUGAGUACUACCCUCAGUCCGCAUCCCAAGCCACCCCACAGUCUAGCUACAGCCCUCAGUUGCCGUCUCAAGCUACUCCAAAGUCAGGGUAUAAGCCUCAGCCCUCGUCUCAAUCCAUCCCAGUGUCUGGAUACAGGCCUGAGAGUCAAUCUUCUCCAGACUUUGGAUACAACCCUCAGUCUGCAUCCCAAGGCAUCCCACAAUCAGGGUAUCAGCCUGAGAUUCAGUCAAACCCAGAGUUUGAGUACAACCCGCAGUCCGCAUCCCAAGCCACCCCACAGUCUGGCUACAGCCCUCAGUUGCCAUCUCAAGCCAGUCCGCAGUCAGGAUAUCAGCCUCAGCCAUCAUCUCACACUACUCCCCAGACUGGGUAUCAGCCUUCAUCUCAGUCGGCCGCUGGUUCUGGUUACAACCCUCAGUCAUCUCAGUCGGCCGCCGGUUCUGGGUACAACCCUCAGUCAGCUGCUGGUUCUGGGUACAAGCCUCAGUCAUCUCAGUCUGCUGCGUCUGCCCCAGGCUCAGGGUAUAAGCCUGAGUCUGCUCAGUCCACUGCUGAGUCUGGGUAUAAGCCUCAGUCUUCUCAAGCGGCUGCUGAGUCUGGAUACAAGCCUGAGCCUGAGUCUGCUCCCAAACCCAAGUCCAAGGACAACCCCGAAGCCGAGCAUGCCCCUCAGCCCAAGCCUUCCUCCGAGCCUGCGGCCGCGCAAGAAUUUCCGGAGACUUGCGUUCAGGGCGAGAUCCUGUGCGGGCCUGACGGUCAGACAUGGGCCAAGUGCGACUGGGGCAAACCUGUUCAGAUGGGACCUGUUGCCGCCGGCACGCGCUGCAGACACGGUGUUAUCGAGCGUAUCUAG